AUUUCCCCCCCAACUGUUUACAUACACUUAAGACAUAACCGACUGUGUUUGCAUGAAUACUCAGCAAGACCUACACUUUGACAUGAUGUGCAUUUAUUUGACCGCCCAAGCGUAAUAAGCCACUAAAGAGAACUCAAUUCAGUACUCACACGAUGAGGGGGCUUUCUGUGCGUGCGUUACAAGUGUGUGCACACAGAAAGCCCCCUCCCAUUCAGGUCAAAUUUGUGCAAUCUCUUUCUCUUUCUUUUUACUGAAUGCCUUAUCAGAAGUCUUUAGAUCUUGGCAUGAUGACACUACACACCUCAGUAGCAAAGGGAACACCAGACACUAGAUAUACCAGGGUGAAUUGGAGGUGAAGUUGAGGUGAAGUAUAUGUACCCACCAGCCUGUGUUAGUGCAAUCUUAACACCAGCAGAGGGAAACUCAUUCUACCAGUGUUGACAGUUUAUAUCACUUGAAGUUUCAACGUCAACAUUGACGCAUCUAGCAUCAUGAUGUUCCUGAAGCUCACACUGCUCACCUUACUUAUUGUAGCUCCUGACCUGCAUGUGUCUGGAGAGAAUUUGCCCUGCUCUGGUGAUGCCAGCAUGUGUCCAAUAAUUGUUACCUGUGAACAUGGUACUGCUGUGCUGAAUUGUGGUGCUCGCCAUAUAAGGAUCAUCAAUGCUUUCUAUGGCCGAAUUGAUUCGCAUACGUGUGUCGCAGGACAACCCCACAGAUCUAUCCGCAACACACGUUGCUCCGCACCUCAUGCAACAGCUAAAGUUAAAGCGAGAUGUAAUGGAAGGUGCUACUGUCAGGUGCCUGCUAAAAAUCAUUUCUUCUCUGACCCCUGCUAUGGCACCUAUAAGUACAUGAAAAUUGCGUACAACUGUGUCUAACUUAUAACUUGAGGGAUUCCAGCUUUCCGCAGUGGCCUCUCUUCAGUCUGAAAAGGAAUGAGACCAAGUUUUACAUAUGGCAAACAUGCAGAUGUUAGAGUGCACAUGUUCUGGUGUUGCUUUGGUGUUGGUGUACUUUAUAUUUGCAUGUUAUAUAAUUACCUGCUUAUACCUGUAAUGAUUUUCCCCCUGAAACUUGAUUAUUUUCUUUACAUGUAAUCACUUCCUCCUAAACAAAUUAACUUUAUUAAUGAUUCUGCAAUAAACUAUCCUCUAAAUGCAAGCAUAACA